CUUUUGGUUAAGGAAUGCUUGUCACCUACUCCUCUAGGUUCCCUCACUAUCCUUCCUCUCAUUGAGAUUUAGAGCGAAAGGGAGAGAGAGCAAGAAACAGAGAGGAAGCCAGUUUUGAAACCAUGGACAAGCUCAGAAUCUGCGAGAUCUGUAACAAGCGCCUAGCCAAUGGUAAGGCCAUGGGGGGCCACAUGAGAUCUCAUCUCGCCAAACUUCCAAUCCCUCCCAAACCAGUACAACAGCAUGACAACUCGGCUGCCGCCGAGUCAACUCAGCCAUCUCCAUCUCCAUCCUCAUCCUUUUCUCUCCACAUCCACUCCAGAAAGAAUCCCAUGCAGUCCUAUCCAUCCCUCAAACGCAGGCUCCAUCUCGUUGCAAACUCCGGCAGCGAAAGCGACGCAGAGUCUCAAGUACCGGCCAAGAAACCAACUCGUAGAAGAUCAAAGCGUUGCCGUAAGACAGUCGUACCACUCGCCGAGUCGCCACUCGAGCCCGAACAGGUGAGUUCAGUCUCUGACACUUUCUCUGAAGAAGAUGGGGCUCUGUGUCUUAUAAUGCUUUCUAGGGAUAAAGGAUCGACAAAAGGGAAAGAAAAAGCUCAAGAAGUAGUCGAAGGAAUUGUAGAUGAUCAUAAAGACGAAGAUCACGAGGGUACUGAUAAUUAUCCCUGCCAUAUUCGCACGUCACGGCCUCGGGUAAAGUUCAGUUGCGAGACGUGCAGUAAAGUGUUUCGGUCUUAUCAGGCUCUUGGUGGUCACAAAGCGAGCCAUAAGAAAAAUAAGAAUCAGUUCCAUGAAGAGGAUUUCAAAGAAGGUAAUGGACACAGAAUUAGUAGCCAUGGCGGUUGUGUGGUGGAUCAGAGACAGUUUGAAUGUCCAUAUUGUUCGAAGGUGUUCGAGUCUGGUCAAGCAUUGGGCGGGCACAAGAAGGUCCACCUCUCCAACUUAGGUAACGCUAGAAAUGCUACCAAACCUCGACACAAGUUGAUCGAUCUUAAUUUACCGGCGCCGGUUGACGAAGAUGAAGUUAACGGCCAGCUGGUUGACCUCUCAAGUACGGUGCCAAAUGCAGAUCAGCUGUGACGAGGAAAGUUUUUGCAUGGCGCGGUGACAUGUAGUCAGCCUUUCGUGCUCAAGAUGUGCUCUCUCAACUCGCGCAAACUGCCACACGGU